AUGCCCUUGCUCCGGAAGACCUCGGUCGUCGCUCUGGCCCUGGGAGUGCUGACGGUCAUCUUCCUGGCCAGACAUCUGUCGGCGGGGCUUGGGAAGCCUCAAUACCUCUACGGCCAAGAUGGGCCACUGUACGACGCGCGAAUCUUCCGGCCCGGCGUGGCCAAACCGGCGGGCGAGAACUACACGCGGGUGCUGGUCAUGGGCCACCUUCGCAGCGAAGACGUGAGCUGGGUGUCGCGCGAGCUGCCGGGGCUGGCGACGCAGAUGUACACGGUGGACGCAGAUGCGGACGCGGACGCAGGCUCAGACUCGUCGUCAGGUUCGGGUUCGGGUUCGGGUUCAGGUUCAGGCUUACCGGCGAACAAAGGCCACGAGGCGAUGGUGUACCUGACGUACAUCAUCGACCACUACUCGGCGCUGCCGGACGUGGUUCUCUUCUUCCACCCGCACCGACAGACGUGGCACAACAACGUGCUGCUGAACGUGGACAGCGCGACGACGAUCAAGCUGCUCAGCGACGCGCACGUCGUGCGGCAGGGCUACUUCAACACGCGCUGCCACCUGGACCCGGGCUGUCCGGACUGGCUGCACGUCGACCGGCCGCGCUGGCGCCACGACCUGAAACACAAGCCGGAGGAGCCGGCGCUGACGACCGAGCUGUUCCACGCCCUGCACGGCGCCGACGUGCCCGUGCCGCGCGCCAUCUCGCAGCCCUGUUGCGCCCAGUUCGCCGUGUCGGGCGAGCGCAUCCGCCAGCGCCCGCGUGACUUCUACCUCCGCUACCGCGACUGGCUGCUCGCCACCGACCUGGACGACAAGACCUCGGGCCGCCUGAUGGAGUACUCGUGGCAGUACAUCUUCACCGGCAACUUCGAGUUCUGCCCCUCCCAGCACCGCUGCUACUGCGACGGCUACGGCGUCUGCUUCGCCGGCGAGCAUGGCCUGCAGACCUGGCUGGCCACCUUGAAGGAGAAGGAGAAGGUCGACCGCCGCCUGGUCGCCCUGUGGGAUCAGGGCAGCUCCCUCGGCGAGGAAUACAAGCGUCUCGCCAGGGACAGCAAGCACCUCGGUGAUUUGUUGGACUCGAUGCGCGAAUCCGCCCUCCGGAGGGGCUAUGAUCCCAAAACAAGAGCCGAGGAGUGUGGUCGUGAGUGGCGCGAAGGCGAUGGUUUUUAA